AUGAUCGGGCUGUUUGAGGAGGUCGGUCCUUGUCUGGUCAACGAGUAUGGAAAUGGCACGUACUACAACCCCUAUGGCUGGUCUCGGAAUUCGUCCCUACUCUUUGUUGAUCAGCCGGUCGAUGUGGGCUUUUCCUAUAUUGACGAAGGCUACGAAUUGCCGAUCGAUUCGCAUGAGGCUGCUGUCGACAUGCACCGGUUCUUGCAGCUCUCCAUCUCCGAUGGCCACUACGUCCCAUACCUCGGCGCCCAGAUCAUCCAACAGAACCAGCUCAAUCCCCACGCAUUCCAAUCACCGCCGACCUGCGAAGUCGACGGCAUCUGCUACAUCCAAGCCACGCAUAUCGAGGAAUACCUCAACUCCGCAGCAGUCUGGGAAGCCCUUUCACCUCCCAAGGAGAUCACAGAAUACAAGAACGUGGCCGAGUCCGUGUCGCUAGCAUUCGGCCGUAGCUCGGACGAGAUGACACCUUCAUCGGUUCAAGUCAAAUUUCUACUAGAGAAUGGGGUCCAUUAUCUCGCUUACCAGGGGAAUCUGGACCUGGCCUGUAAUACGGCAGGGAAUCUGCGCUGGGCGAGUUCAUUGUCCUGGAAGGGACAGGUCGAGUUCACGUCUAAGACGUUGCGGCCGUGGACGGCGACAGAUGUGGUUACGGGUGAGAGCAGAUUGGUAGUCUCGAUGAAGGAAGUGAAUGUUCGGGUGGAUGGCCGUGUUGGUGCGAAAUCGCGGUUCGUGUUGGUGACGGUGGAUGGGGCUGGGCAUGUUCUGCCUCAAGACUGCCCUGACGUGGCAUUGGAUAUGAUGGUUCGGUGGAUCAAUGGAGGGCAGUUCUACACAUGGCCGUUAGAUCAGAUUAAGCAGCCUUCUGGUCAUUGUACAGCUUGA